AUGAAAAUCAUAUACCUUAAGAGGCGGCUCUCUAGACGUCUGUUCCUGUACGGGGUUUUAGUGCUGGCGGUGGUGCCAUUUCUCUUUGUUAUCGUUGGACAGCUGACAGUGGAUUCCGGCAAAGAGAGGGGAAAAGAGCGAAUACUGAGCAGGCACAUUUUUAUGCUCAAUGACCCUGUUCAGAAGAGAUUUGAGGAAAGAAACAAACAUUUAAGAGAAGAGUGCUCAAGAUUAAAAAAUUAUUAUGUCGCUCAAAAUUCAGAGGCAGCUGUCAAAGAACAUCUAGUCCUUAAUCGAAAAAAUAAAAUUGUAUAUUGUGCAAUCGAAAAAAUCGGAUGUACAUUUUGGAAGCGAAUUUUCCAGAUUUUGAGUGGUUGGAGAAAUGUGAGCAAUCCAUUUAGCAUUAAAGGAAUCCAAGCUUAUGAGGGAUUCUCCACCGCCAAAAGACUUCCGUUUGACAAAAUUUAUCAGUUACUGCGCAUGUCAACAAAAUUCAUGUUUGUAAGAGAACCUUUUGAAAGGUUACUCUCGGGAUACGUGGAUAAAAUCUAUUCGCCAAACACAGCAUACUGGAAUUUUAUUGGAAAACAUAUUGUUAAAAAUUUCCGUGAAAAUCCAUCCAAUGUUAGUCUUGAAUGUGGACAUGACGUUACAUUUUCAGAGUUUGUGGAAUAUUUCAUUUACUCCCAGAACUCUAAUGAGCGCCGAGAUGCACAUUUUGUCCCUAGUUUUGAACAUUGCAGACCUUGUGAAAUAGAUUAUGACUACAUCGGAAAACUUGAAACUUUCCAAGAAGACACAUUUCAUAUCUUGAAAAAACUGGAAUUAGAAGAUAUGAUUAAAUUUAGCAAUUUUCAAAAUGAAACUGAAACCGAUGCACUCAUAGAUACAGUAGAUUAUGUUUAUUCCAUGAAACGCUCUAUACUUAAUUGUAUGACAUUUACUAAAGGACUCUACCGAGCAUGGAGGAAACUUCAAAUACGUGGGAUUUUAAGUAAACAUGUAAAGUUUCCAUUCCCAAUUGACAGAGAUGUGAAUGUUACACCAGAACAGUUCAAGGAUGCGUUAUUCAAAGCGCAUGCGCAAUCAGGGGAUAAAAAAUUUCGCAAGAAAAACCGCGAGGAGGCCAUGUUAGAGGCAUACAGCAGAAUUAGCCCUGUGUUGAUGGAGAGACUGAGGGAUGCUCUUCUAAUAGAUACGUCUCUUUUUGGAUACGAAAAAAUACCGAAAAAGUUACUAGACCUAAAAUACACCGUCCCCGAUGAUGGUGGUUUCCGGUACUUCGACAACAUUUGAGAGUAUAGUAUUUCAAAAAUA